AUGUGCCUUGCCCACAUCGAGGUUCCUGUGACAGUUGAAGUAGAAUCACACCCCUCCAAUAGUGAGACCCAGACCUUGCCAGACUUUGACGAUUAUGUACAGUCGGUGCCACUAGAAAGUGAUUUUGAUAAUGCUCAACAUGAAACUGUCCCAGAAAAGAACCAACGUAGUUUUCAAGUGCUGAGCUUGGCUCAAAUGUUUAUGAAGUUGGAAUUUGAGAGGCUUGUUCCUGCCAGGACUGUCAACUAUGUAGCAAAUGAAAUAAUGACCAUUUCUGAAGAAAAUCACCUCCAAAUUGAGAUGGAAGUAAAGGAACAUUUGCAACAACUAGAGUUGGACAGCAAUGUUAUUGAUUCAGUUCUUAAUAGUAUUUUUGGUCCGUUGAAAAAUCAGUACAAGUGCUUGCGUAGUGCUCAUUUAAGGACUAAGUUCUAUAAAACUAUGAAUAGAUUUGUGGAACCUAAAAUAGCAGAUGCAAAGGGGGAUCAGAAAUACUUCCAUAUUCCCAUCUCUCAAACUUUAUUAGGUUUAUUUGAAGACAAAUCUGCACUUAACAUCCAGUUAGAGCCCCCUCUCAAUACAGAUCCUGACAUCCUGAAGGAUUUUACUGAUGGCGCUAAUUUUAAAAACAAUAAGUUUUUCCAAGAGAACCCUACAGCACUGCGCUUGAUUAUAUAUCAAGAUGGGUUCGAAUGUUGCUGCCCUAUUGGUCCAUCAAAAAAGAAGCACAAAUUCACUGGUAUAUAUUUAAGUAUAGGCAAUCUACCUAGCCAUCUUAGAACUCAUGUUGAUAAUAUUUUUUUAAUAGCCUUGCUUAAGGAGAAAGAUAUGGAUCACAAGAAAGUGUUUGGAAAAAUUGUAGAAGAGUUGAAAGACUUGGAAACCAAUGGAAUCUUUGUGCCUGGAUACGGUCAGAUCAAGGCUGGCUUAGCAUUUAUUGCAGGUGACAAUUUGGGCAGUCACUCUCUUGGUGGAUUUUAUGAGUCUUUCUCCAGGACAAGAUAUUUUUGUCGCUUUUGUUAUGUUGACAGACCAACAUUUCACAGUGCUGGUGGUCAUUAUGUUGCUUUCCCUCUGAGGACAAAGGAAACCCACCAACGCUGCUUGAGAGGGCAGAGACUGGAGACAAAAAAGGGUGUGAAGUUUGACAGUGUCUUUAAUGAAUUGCCCUAUUUCCAUGUUUGUGAUCCUGGUCUCCCAUCCUGUUGCGCUCAUGACCUGGCAGAGGGGGUCGGGGCGUGGGAUAUGGGACUAUUUAUUCAUUAUUUUGUAUCUGAGGAGUGGUUUGAUUAUGAGAAGUUAACUGAACUGAGGAAGCGUUUCCCCUUUUCAACCAAAGACAAACGGGACGAGCCAAUUGAUUUUUUAGAAGAAUAUGCCCGUGUGAAAGGGGGAGCCAUGCAGAUAUUUAAUACAAUUCGAUUGUUCCCUUUGAUUAUCAAAGACCAUAUCAAGGAUCCAAAUGACAAAGUGUGGAAAUGUUUCCUUCUGCUUUCAGAGAUUUGUGAUAUUAUUUUGGCACCAGCAAUUAAUAAGAAAUGUUUAGGCUACUUGGAAGAGCUUAUACUUCUGUACCUUGAUCUCAGGAAAGAAUGUUUUCCUGAUGUUCCCCUUCGCCCCAAACACCACUACCUGGCCCAUGCCUGUCUAAUGAUAUUAUUGUUUGGGCCGUUAAAGAAUAUAUGGAGCCUUCGCUUUGAGAGUAAACAUUGCUUCUUUAAAAGAGCUGUGCGAUCUGCCAAAAAUUUCAUAAAUGUGUUAAAGUCAUUGACAUUUAGGCAUGAACUGUACCAGUGCUACCUAAGAUCUGGAGCUAGGGCUAGAUGUUCCAUCGUUGCCAAUUCAUCUAGUGAUUUUAGUCCAAGUAUGUAUUCUGAAGAGCUCCAGCUUGCCAUGAGUGAGUGUGAUUUACCUCCCGAAGUAGAGGAGUGCACUUCAGUGUCUGUUAAAGGAACAGACUAUAGAAAAGGUCACAUUGUUGUUUUAGGACAAGAUUCAUAUCAGUGUAAUGAAGAAAUGGGCAGAAUUCUGAUAAUUCUUCACUGUGAUGAUGCUGUAUUUUUUGUUGUUGAAGUCCUAGAAGUUGUCUUUGUACCCCACAUAAGGGCUUAUAAGCUAGGCCAAAAAGUGGGUUACAAGUGUGUUAAACAAAGUAAUUUGUUGAGCUACUAUGCUCACCACACUUACAAACUUCAUGAUGGCAACUUUGUUAAACUUCACCAUGCUCUUGUAGUUAAGUAUUGA